AGGAGUAGCAUUGGCACCUCUGAACAGUCCCUGUUACUGGGAGAGCAAUUCCCCUGGUGGUUGGAAAGAGUAGAGCUCAUCUCCUGUCCAGGAUGUCGGCAAGUCUAUCUUACCAGAGAUGUAACUGAACAUAUUUUUCUUCAGUACUUUUCUCCUAGGCAACCCACAAUGGCCAGGAACUGCUCUGAGUGCAAGGAGAAGAGGGCGGCACACAUUCUCUGCACUUACUGCAAUCGAUGGCUGUGCAGCUCCUGUACAGAGGAACACCGGCAUGUCCCAGCCCCAAGCAGCCCACUCUUCUCUCGGGCACAGAGGGGAUCCUCAGGGGUGAAUGGUGGUGGCUCCGGGGACUUCGUUCUGUAUUGCCCUCUGCACACACAGGAGGUGCUGAAGCUGUUCUGCGAGACCUGCACUGUGCUCACCUGCCACAGCUGCCUAAUGGUGGACCACAAAGAGCACAGGUGUAGACACGUCGAAGAAGUUCUGCAAAAUCAGAGGAUGCUCCUGGAAAGCGUGACCACGCAGGUGGCACAUAAGAAAUCCAGCCUACAGACAUCUGCAAAGCAAAUCGAGGACAGGAUUUUUGAAGUGAAGCAUCAGCAUAGGAAGGUGGAAAACCAGAUCAAAAUGGCCAAGAUGGUCCUCAUGAAUGAGCUGAACAAACAGGCCAACGGGCUCAUAGCGGAGCUGGAGGGCAUUACUAAUGACAGAAAGCAGAAGCUGGAGCAGCAGUUACAGAGCAUCAUGGUUCUCAACCGUCAGUUUGAGCAUGUGCAGAAUUUCAUCAAUUGGGCUGUCUGCAGCAAAACCAGCAUCCCUUUCCUUUUCAGCAAAGAGCUGAUUGUGUUUCAGAUGCAGCGGUUGUUGGAGACGAGUUGUAACACAGACCCUGGCUCUCCCUGGAGCAUCAGAUUCACCUGGGAGCCCAACUUCUGGACCAAGCAGCUGGCUUCCCUUGGCUGCAUAACCACUGAAGGAGGACAGGUGACCCGGACAGAUGCAGCGUCUGCUGCUUAUGGGAGUUUACAGGGGCAGUCGUCCUUCUACCAGAGCCACCAGGGGCCCCUGACUCAGCAGGAGGCUCUCAGCCACCCCCAACACAAGUUCCAGCCUCCAGCACUUUGCUCCUCAUCUGUCUGCUGUUCCCACUGCUCCCCAGUCUCGCCGUCCCUCAAAGGCCAGGUCCACCCACCCAGUAUCCACCCAGCUCACAGUUUCAGGCAGCCUUCCGAAAUGGUGCCCCACCAGCUGGGGUCCCUGCAGUGUUCCGCUCCGCUGCCCAGAGAGAAAGAGCUGGCCUGCAGUCCUCAGCCACCCAAACUGCUGCAGCCCUGGCUGGAAACAUCGCCUCCUGCAGAACAGGAGAGUACACCCCAGCGUGCAGGGCAGCAGCUGAUAUCCCAGCCUGUGUGCAUCGUUCCUCCGCAAGAUGUUCAGCCAGGAGCUCAUGCCCCGCCCACCAUACAGACGCCCUCCAUUCAGGUUCAGCUGGGCCACCACCAGAAGCUAAAGCUCAGCCACUUUCAGCAGCAACCACAGCAGCAGCCACCACCCCCGCCACCUCCGCCUCCUCCACCCCCGCAGCAUGCACCCCAGCCCUUGCCUUCAUCCCAGCACCUGGCUUCCAGUCAGCAUGAGAGCCCUCCCGGGCCUGCCUGUUCCCAGAACGUGGACAUUAUGCACCACAAGUUUGAGCUGGAGGAGAUGCAAAAGGAUUUGGAACUUCUCCUGCAGGCCCAGCAGCCCAGCCUGCAGCUGAGUCAGACCAAGUCUCCUCAGCAUCUUCAGCAAACCAUCGUAGGGCAGAUCAACUACAUCGUGAGGCAGCCAGCACCUGUGCAGUCCCAAAACCAGGAGGAUACCCUGCAGGUUACAGAGGAGCCACCAACAUCUGAGGGCCCAAAGCCAGCUCUACCUGUUGACAAGAGUACUGCUGCUGCCUUGCCCCAGACAUCUGGGGCAGAGACCCCUCACAGUGUCCCGCCGGUGGACAGCGCCUCCCAGCACUCCUCUCCAAAUGUGGUGAGAAAGCAUUCCACCUCCGUGAGCAUCAUGGGCUUUUCCAACACCCUGGAGAUGGAGUUGUCAUCUGCCAGGCUGGCGAGGGCCAUAGAGCCACCCGUCCACAGGGUGAGCAGCCUGAUAGCCGGCCCCUCCCACUCAAUUCCGAGCCUGCUGAGUGGCCCACCACAAACUGUGUCCAGCCUGCUGAACGUUUCAAACCGUGCCGUGCCAAGCCUGACCGCCAGUCACCUGCAGCCAGCGCCAAACCUUGUGCGCAGCACAUUCCAGCCCAUGCCCAACCUGAGGGGUGAUUCUUCCCAGGUCAUCACAAGCCUGCCAAGCAAUCACUCCCAGGCCGGGCCUAGCCUAAUGUCUGGGCAUACCCAGGCUGUGCCGAGUCUGGCCGCUUGUUCUCUGCAGGGCAUGCCUCCGGUUUCUGAUGUGCAUGUGGAGACUAGAUCCAUUUCCAGUCCUGGCUCUGGCCAACCUGCUGAGAGCCUGGGCCCCAGGGAUGGGGCUGAGUCCUCCCUGGAGAAUGCCUUGUGUAAGAUGGAAAGGGAGGAUUGCACUCGCUUCAUAGACUCAGUAGGACAAGGCCCGAGAGCCUCCAGUCUGGAUGGUCCAAAGGAUUUAGCUAUUCCCUCAGAACUGGAGGAACCAAUUAACCUCUCCGUGAAAAAACCUUUCCUGGCACCAGUGAUCAACACAUCUACUGCCCUGCAACAGUACCGGAAAACAAAAGAAUGUGAGAAUGUUGAACAAGGAGCCCUAGCUCUGGAGACAAAAGAGAAUUCAAACAUCAGAGCCCGCAGUAGUGAGCCCAAGAUUCCCUAUGUGCGACUGGAGCGGCUCAAGAUCUGUGCUGCCUCAUCAGGAGAGACACCCGUGUUUAAGCUGAAGCCCCAGAAGAAUAGCCAGGAUGGGAGCUUCCUGCUGGUGAUCGAGUGUGGCACGGAGUCCUCCAGUAUGUCCAUUAAGGUCAGCCAGAACAACCUGCCUGAAGCCACCCAAGGCCCAGGUCUGGGGGGAAGAAAAGUCACUGUCACAUCUCUGACUGGGCAGCAGCCACUAGAGGUGGACAGCACAUCUUCUGAAGAACAAAGACUCAUUCCGAGAACUCCAGGAGCCAAAAAGUGCACCCCAGUCCCCAUAGAGAAUGAGGACUUCUGUGCUGUGUGCCUCAAUGGUGGGGAGCUGCUGUGCUGUGACCGCUGCCCCAAAGUGUACCACCUUUCCUGCCAUGUGCCAGCCCUGCUCAGCUUCCCAGGGGGAGAGUGGGUGUGCACCCUGUGCCGCAGCCUGACGCAGCCUGAGGUGGAGUACGACUGUGAGAAUGCCCGCCUUGGCCAGCCUGGAAUGAGGGCACCUCCCGGCCUGAGCAUGUGGGACCAGAAGAAGUGUGAGAAGCUCGUCCUGUCCCUGUGCUGCAACAGCCUCAGCCUGCCCUUCCACGAGCCAGUCAGCCCCCUGGCCAGGCAUUAUUACCAGAUUAUCAAGAGGCCCAUGGACCUAUCCAUCAUCCGGAGAAAGCUGCAAAAGAAGGACCCAGCUCACUACACCACUCCAGAGGAAGUGGUGUCAGACGUGCGCCUCAUGUUCUGGAACUGUGCUAAGUUCAAUUAUCCUGACUCGGAGGUUGCAGAGGCUGGUCGCUGUCUGGAAGUGUUCUUUGAGGGCUGGCUAAAGGAGAUCUACCCAGACAAAUGUUUUGCCCAGCCCCAGCAAGAGGAUUCGGACUCUGAGGACGUAUCUGGCGAGAGUGGCUGCUCCACCCCUCAGGGCUUCCCGUGGCCUCCCUACACGCAGGAAGGCAUCCAGCCCAAGAGGCGGCGGCGGCAUAUGGAGAAUGAAAAGACAAAGAGAAUGCCAUUUCGCCUGGGCAACAGCAUCUCGCAGGUGUGAGAGCUGGAAGGAAAUGGGGCACUCUGGUGGCUGAUGUCCCAUCCUCUCAACCAACCCUCCCCACCCUUCAGCUUAUUCUCUUCAGAGUGUGACUAUGAGAUGAGUCUUGUUGAGCGUGUAGCGCUCCCUUCAUCAUUUGCAUCUCCAGCAUUUAUUUGGGAGCCAUAGUACAUCUACCAUAAAGAAGAUUUUAGUAAAACAGGGAAGAGGGAGGUAUUCCUUAUUGCCAGAGUAAUCGGACAUAGAGGUUCUGUGCCUCUUCAGGCUCAGGAGGAACUGGCUUCCUCGGUGAGCUCUCGGCUGUGGAGAGCACCCUUUGCUCACCUCUCAGCAGCCAGGACUCAGGAGCAUUGUGCGCGUCUGAACUCUCCUGGCUUAGAUGGGGGUAUGAGAAAGGAAGCGAGGUUUGGAUAUAUGGCAGGCCUGUGGUCCCUGUCCCAGCACAGCCAAAGACUGUCACUGUUUGCCUUUGCUCGUCCUGUUGGGACAGAGGCAUCUGCCACUGGCAGAAUAAUGGAGGCUUCUCGAGGCCCUAGGUCUCAAUUGGUGCCUAUUUGGGUUCUAACGGUUUUCAGGGUAUUUGCUUUUCAUGUUCGCUUUCCCAAGUAGGACUUAGGUGGUCACUGUGAAAUGCUAUGUGUGGUUUGGCACUCUUGCUGGGUGGUCGUGCAAAGACCAGUCCCCACUCACACCCAGAAGAUGCCAGCUUCAGAGUCUGUCCCUCUGUGUCCUGACUCUGGGCUAAUAGCACUCCAGAGCCUGCCUUCCCAGACAUGACUAUUAUGACACACAGUGGCUCUUCUUUGAUCCUCUCUGUUCAGACAUUGGCAUCUCCAGUUCUACUUGGGAGAAGUGUGAUGUGUCUGUUGCAGGUACAGGGUUCCCUGGCAAGAAUGAGCCACAGCCAGUGCAGUGUGCCAGGCCUCUCCUGCCCACAAUUCUAGUUGUCUACUUUUUCAUACAGCCAAAGAUCAGAACUGUGGCCAUGUUGCUGACGGCCCAGAAGCAGCCAACACUGUCCCCCCCCCCCCCCCUUUUUUUUUCUGUUGAAGCUUGGAGAAGGCUUCAGUGUCCCGUAGGAGUCUGCUUCGACAUUCACAGGCUCAGGGCAGAGAAGGGGAAAAUGGAGAGAUGAGAAGCUGGUAUCCUUUGGUGACCCUGAGGCAGCCUUAGGGUUAUAGUUCUCUCAGAAUGUAGAAAGGCAUUCUGGAAGCAUGAGAACAGAGAGGUGGCAAUAGAGUUGCAGGCUACAUUGUAGACAGAUCACUACACUGUAGGCAGGGUGUUUGUUUAUUUAGGUUUUUUCAAGACAGGGUUUCUCUGUGUAUUCUUGGCUGUCUUGGACUCACUUUGUAGACCAGGCUGGCCUCGAACUCACAGAAAUCUGCCAUAAGCAGCAUGUUUGUGAGGAAGCUUCUGAGACACAUACAGGCUUCUUCCCAAACAAGGGCUUGGUUGGGGAAGGACCUAUUGAUUGUAUUGCUGGUGGAGCUGUGGACCUGGCAUUUCAGUGGCCUGGUCCUGAGGCACAGCUGGCUGAUUUCAGGGGACUUUUUUUUGCAAAGAGUUUAAGGAAGUGAUUAUUCAUAGGGCCUUUGCUGGGAAGCAAUUUUCUUUUUACCAGAAAACUUUUCUUCUUUCCCUGUGAAUCAACAAAAGCACUAUUGGACUGAGGGAACAUCUUCACCUCAAGGCAAGGCCCGCCCACUGCCCACUGUCACUCAGCAGAGCUCCCAAGCUCUCCCCAGUAGCUGGGCCUCCAUGUCCUGCUGUCCAGUUCCAGCAGUGGGGCCUUCGGCUCGCCGUAGUCAGGUAGCCUUUGAAAGCAGGCUUUGCGCCUGUGUUCACACAGCCUUUUGGUUUGGGGCUUUGGCUGUUUCUCUUUUGACUUCUGCAUCUUUUUCUCUGACUGUUCUGGUGAGGUUCCUUCUGUCCUGACCUGCCUUUGAACAUCUUACUUUUCUGUAACCCAUAUUCCUCCUGCUUUAUGGUGUUUGGCACUGGAAAGCCACUGAAUGCUCUGAUAGCCUGACAGGCUUUCCUGGACUGGUUGGAGAUUGUGGCCAUAAAACAGAAAUGCCUGGUUCAAAGUUUGGCUUCUCUUGUCUUGAUACAGCUUGUGGCUUGAGUGUGCCCUGUUAGGGCAAGGACCAGUUUCUAGGCUCAGAGGUCUUGAAAAUGUGGUCACUCAUCUGUUCCCUUCUUAUUUUAGAGCCCCUCUGUGCGGAGAUGCCCCCUCUGGGCACAUGGGCAGGGCAGAUAAGGAAGAGGGCUGCCCUUCUCUUCAAGGAUAUAAAGCCCUGGUCCACUAUUCCUUCUCUAUACUGGUUAGCUUGUAGAAUUCCUUCUGGAACCAAAUUUUUAAAGUCAUGUUUAAAAUAUUUUUUUUUUACAUGCAAAAAACAGAACUGGAAGUUUAAAAAAUUAAAAACAAAACCAAAUGCCUGUUCACUAAGUAACUUUUGAUCUUCCGCUCUUUAACAUUUUCACUGGAUCCUGCAGUUCCCGUAUGGUCCCAUUGUAAAGUCAGUUAAGCUCUUUGGUCGUGGACAAAGUCAGGCAAUGGAAAUGCGCUGAGUUCUGGUUACUAUACUGUCGGGUGCAGCCCUAGAAGGUUAGAAAUUUGUUUCUGGCUGGGCUGAGAAAUGCGAUAGUAGGGUGGCUUCAGUGGACACAAAGGGGAUUUUAGUGUGAAAAUGGAUACAGGAUUCUCAUACAGAACAUGGGUAGGCCGAGCCUCCUGAAUUCUAACACCAGGUACAUGCCUGCUGUAGGAACCUUGCUGAAUAGCAGCCACCAGGCCCUCCAUGGACAUUGCUCCAUGUGAGACAUUGUUGGAAACCCAGCAAAUGCUGGCUUUCUCGCCCUAGUUUAGCCACAGGUGUUUGUAUGCCUCUUUUUCUGGACUCUGCUCCACUCCCACCCUUACUGUGCUGGUCCUGGAAUGAACUGAGCGGGGUCUUCACCUGUGUCUCUCCAGCCCCACUCACACUUCUGUGCACUUCCUCCCUUGUCCAUCUCCAGGCUGUGUUCUUCUCUUUCAGACUUUCAUUCUUCUCCAGGAUUUCCUCCUCUUUCCAGCCUGCACCCAGGGCCCUUAGGUUCUUAUUAGCACCUGGAAUUUUCCUAACCUCUCCAGCUUGUACUUUCUCCAUUUUCCACGUCAGCCUGCUUUAUGUUCCUUUUCGGCUCCUAACUCAGUAUUGACUGGAAGUUCUUGGAAUUGGUAUUAUUGUAUCUUUGAUCUAUGUCCUUUAUCUUUGCUAUUAGCCAACAACAGCUCACCAUUUGCUUCCCUGAAGAGAGCUCCUACGGCCCGGGCUUCCGGCCCACUCUCCUUCUUCCUGUUGACCAGUGUGUGAGAAUCCUGCCUCACUUCCUUUCCCGUACUUCUUCUUUUGCGUUUUUCUUAUUCUGACUGUGUUCUCCGAGGCUGUCUCUUACUUACUCUGCAUGCUCUCUCUCCUUUGCUUACCUCUACUUAGCCUAUCAAAAACUUCUGUAAAUAUUAAAACAGAAAUGUCACAUCUGUGUCAUAGACCUUUCCCUCAUCCAUCAUUUUUCUUUCUUUCUUCUCUUUUUGUUUUUUUUUUUUUUUAAGACAGGGUUUCUCUGUUUAACAGUCUUGGCUGUCCUGAAACUCUCUUUGUAGACCUGGCUGGCCUUGAACUCACAGAGAUCCGUCUGCCUCUGCCUCCUAAGCACUGGGGAUUAAAGGCAUGUGCCACCAUGCCUGGCUCUCAUCAUUUUUCUUUUAAAAUAGACUAUUUGGCUGGUGUGGUGGCAUACACCCUCCCAGCAUUUGGGAGGCAGAGACUAGUUGAUCUCUGUGAGUUCAAGGCCAGCUUGGUCUACAUAUGCAUUCCAGGCCAGCGAGGGCUACCCAGUAAGACCCUGUCUCAAAAAGCAAACAACAAAAGAAUAUUUUCCUUUUAUUGUCCUUCCUCUUUAGUCCUCUAUAGGUUUCCAUAGGAGGCACCAAGUGGCCAUACAGUUGCCAAAUGAAAUGAAUGCCUUUCACUUUUCAACUGUCUCGAACUCCUCACAACAUCCUCAUCCUCCCUUCAUGCUGCACUCUCUUCACUCAUCACUUAGGAUAUCCUGGGUUGCUACAUUAGCUUUUGCUCAGCCACAAAGGAUGGGCUUGUUUGAAACUGAGACAGAGGAAUGUGUCUGGCUCUUGUCAUUUUCUCCUUUCCAGGGCCUGGGUAAGCAAGAAGACUCAUAGGUGCUCCUGACUCCUCUCUGUUUUUUAUGAAUCCCUUCUUCCUGAUUUGGUUCUCUUCUGAUGAGCUUGCUCAUGAGCACCUGUAGAAAGCUCUGCAGCUGAGCCUUUCCCUCUGUUGCUCCCAGGAGAAUAUAGACAGACCUGCUUGUUAAGAGCGCCCACCUCAGUCAGCCUAAGUGGUGGCUGGAUUUUGCAGCUUGCAACCUGCCAUCUGGACAACUCACCACUGUGAUCCACACCAGUUGGAAGCUGCCUCAGUCAGCAGGAAGCUGAAGAUCAUGAGAAGGCAUGCUUCUAUGUAUGGCUGCAUGCCGUGGUGAGGACAGUCCUAGUGUGUGUUGGGGGGUGUCUGCCACCAUGACCUUUUUGAGGGAGGGGAGACUGAGCAGUGCUGAGGUUCCUCACCUGAGCUGAGCCUGGCUCCCCCAGACCCCUCCCAUGGGUCUUUCUCACCUGUGUUGGUCAUCCUCCAUCUGCUUGCUUUAGAUAUUAUGGGUCCUGGAGGCAGACGGUAGCUGCUUUCUUGGAGACAUUGUAGAAGGAUACCUGACUUGAGUUUGAGAAUCUCGGUUUUGGCGUCGCCAGUGAUGAGAGGUGUGACCGUGAGUGCAGUUCCCUCGUCUACAAAGUUAGGGAUCUCUCAGAGGUUCUACAGUUCUAAACAUGAUAACUAUAAUCCCAAGUAUGAAGCUCAGGCCACAGGACAGAGGAACUCUGUGGGUGGGGACAUAGCUAGGGAAGUCCCAGCCAGGCAGGGCAACAGUCUCUACAGGCCAAAGUGUGCUGCUUUGAAGAAAGUCUUCACUGGCUGGUGCUGCUUCUUGAGCCGUAUACCCCGAGCUGUAUGCUUCUCGGGUGCCUGGACAUGUUCCUCCCAUGUCCUUCCUAGAGUGCUCAUUUGAUCCACAGUGGCUGGGGGCACAAGGAAGGGAUGUAAGGGGAAGCAUAAUUGAUUUUAAAUAAACACUCACAUUCAAAAUCAAAUAAAAAAUAGCACUUUUCUUUUA